CUUUCAUUUUCCCUUCUAUUUUGGAUCUUUCUCCCUUCCGUACACACAAAGGAAACCAAAAAAACCAAAACUUUCCUCUCUCUCUCUUUCCAUCGAUUUCAAAUUCUCGGAUUUGUGUUGCUUUAGGGUCCUUUCUUCUUCUUCUUCUUCUUCUUCUUCUUCUUCUUCUUCGGGAACAAUGGGACAACAAAAUCUGAUAUACAGCUUCGUCGCUCGUGGCACGGUUAUUCUCGCUGAGUACACUGAGUUUAAGGGGAAUUUCACUUCCGUCGCUGCACAGUGCCUCCAGAAGCUUCCUUCUUCGAAUAACAAGUUUACCUACAAUUGCGACGGUCACACCUUCAAUUACCUCGUCGAAAAUGGCUUCACCUAUUGUGUUGUUGCUGUUGAAUCUGUUGGGAGGCAGAUUCCAAUGGCGUUCUUGGAGCGAGUUAAAGAGGAUUUCAACAAGAGAUAUGGUGGUGGAAAGGCUACCACUGCUCAACCCAACAGUUUGAACAGAGAGUUUGGGUCUAAACUGAAGGAACACAUGCAGUACUGUGUGGAUCAUCCUGAAGAGAUUAGCAAGCUUGCCAAGGUUAAGGCUCAGGUGACUGAGGUGAAAGGUGUUAUGAUGGAGAACAUUGAGAAGGUCCUUGACCGUGGUGAGAAAAUUGAGCUUCUAGUUGACAAAACUGAGAACCUUCGUUCACAGGCACAAGAUUUCAGAACGCAAGGAACGAAAAUAAGAAGAAAGAUGUGGUUUGAGAACAUGAAGAUUAAGCUCAUAGUCUUCGGUAUCAUCAUUGCCUUGAUUCUCAUCAUCAUCCUCUCGGUUUGUCAUGGCUUCAAGUGUACCUAAAACUUAAAAGAACAAGAAAAAUACGUCGAGAGAUUAUUAGCCCCAUAAUUGCUCUACUAAACUGAUGGAAACUCCUCCCGAUAUAUGCCCAUCUUUUUUUUUUUUUCUCUGUUUUUAUGUUUUUUUUUUUCAUUUGAUUUCGUCAGGGGAAAGAAAUAUUAUUACUUAGCACUGAAAAGGGCCUUUAGGGUAUGAAUGUUUUGGAAAGAGAUGUAAGCUGUUGGGGGUUUGCUUAUUUAUAGAUUAGGUGAUGAUAUGGUUUUUUUUUCUGUAAUCUUAAAUCUAAUGUUUAGCUUCUGACUCCUUUCUUCAAUCCACCAAUUUUUUUU